ACAGACGGAGCGAGUCGAGACGCUGCUGCUGUGUUCAGAAAAUGGCCGACAGAUUUUCUAGGUUCAACGAAGAGCGUGAUUUCCAGGGUGGGAAUCACUUUGACCAGUAUGAAGAGGGCCAGUUGGAGCUGGAGCAGGCGUCCUUGGACAAGCCCAUCGAAUCGGUAAGGCUGCAUCCAUCAUCCCGCACCAUUGGACCAGCUGUGAGAGUGGAUAUGAUUGGUCCAGGGAGGAAUAAGAACCACACCUUUUUACUUCAUUCAUACUGUCCGUGUAGAUGCAUCCAGUGUUUUCUUGAAAACAGUUGCCACCUAACCUGUAGAAUCACUUGUCUCAUGUCCAUUAAUACCCCUUUAAGUCCCUCCCACUUCCCAUGUCCUCUGCCUACUCCAUUUCUUGUGUGACAGUUAAAAUGAUUAUUUAUAUGCUAGAUUUUUUCUGUUUUUAUGUAGAGCUGACAGAUAAACGUUAUAUUUUUGUAUCAGUCUCCCAUUAGUCAUUGUUAGUCAUCUUAGCACUAUGAGAAGAGAUGACUGAAAGCAUGGAGUGGAUGAAGCACUGUCAUUAAUGGCUGUUAUCUAAAUACUGUAGCUUUUCAUUAAUUUCAAACUCCUUCAAAUGUAAUAUCCAUACUUGGUAAUGACCUGAUUUUACUCUGGAUACUGAGUGCAGGCGCUUUGAGUAAGGUUCCCACACAGAGCUGUACAGUUUUGUUACAUUUCUACGAUCCAUUGGAGACUCACUCAUUUAACUACUCUUUGAUGUAAGAAUUCUUUGGAUUUAUGUAGUUAUAAAUAUAGCCUUCUUAUCUGUGUACACCCAAACUGAUUAAAUCUAUGUUGCAGAGCAGAUAUGAAUUUUGAAACAGCCAGAUUAUGUAGAGUUUACAUUUGUGUAUGUGAUUAUUUUACAAUGGCUCAAAUUUAUCUGUUUAUGAAAAACAGGCAGUGCUUAUUCCACCCCAUUUAGCGAACAAGAGUGCGCACAUUAGAUGGUGUGAAUGGUUACAUUUGUGUUUGAGUGAGUGUGUGUCUAUGUAGCUUUAGAAUUUCUGUGUUAGUGUAUAGUGUUUGUGUCUAUAGGACAGUUAUCUUAUUGUACACAACUUGGGGUGUUCGACAUUUCUCUCCUGCAGCGAAUUGGCCCCUAUUAGCUAAGCAGCAAUGACCCGGUUUGUAUUUGCACGCUCUGCUUUCUUACUCCUAUCUUUAGGGUCCUUGUAACGCUUCUCUGACUAUCUUCCUCUCUCUUUCUCUCCCUCGCUGUUUCACCACUGUCACACUUUACAUCUUUUCUCUCUGUCUAUCUCUACUUCUCUCUCGCUCCCUCCCUACUACACAGUGAUUCGGUGUACAGUACCCUCUGUCAUUCUGUGCUGGCAUGGUGCUUGUGCAACUGGGACUGCAUUUUUCGCUGAAGAGGCACAUCGAUAAUAGCGCAGGCAGCUCUCUUCUUUCUGUCUUUCCCACUCUCUCCAUCCCCCCUUCUGUCUCUGAAGCAGUGUGGUGAGCAGGCCCAAACUCCUCUAACCUCCACAGUGUCAGGUCGCCUCUCCUCCACAUAAUGAAUGUGCUGUGUGAACCAGUCCGACAGGAUGAGCCACCAGGUAGAGAACAAAAUGGUGGUGCACCUGAAGCAUUUAUGCAAAGCAGCAUAAUGAUAGCUAACUGAGUGAUUACUAUAAAAUAUAAAGGCAUGUUUCUUAGUUAAAACUAUACUUAGCAGUUCCAAUGGUUAAUUGCAUGUAAAUUAGAUUUUAAAAUCAUGAAUAAACAUGAAUGAAGUUUUGUUUUUUUUUUUGAAGCUAAAACAUCCGAAAUAAUACAGCAAUUAACACAGAUUUUUUCAGAGGACAAAAUUAGAUAAGCCUCAACAUGCAGCACACUUUUCUAAUAGUGUACCUGCAUUUUUUUCCCAAUUAAAAGGGGUGUAGGUUACGAGGAUGUUAUGAAGCUUGCAACCUGAUAGAUUUUAGUCUUGAUGCAGCUGCAGGAGAAAAACUAAUAAAAAAAAUUGGCAUUUGCACAUGCGUUAUUUAUCAUAAGUAUGAUUGUAUUUGUAGCUUGGUGGUGUCUUUUUCAUAUUAUAACUAGAAUUCAGAAAACCAAUAAGAUGAAAAUGUUCUGUUCUGGUCAAGGUGUACUGUACUUUCUCACAGACACACCAACAAAUUUCCACUAUGUGUAGGUGGUUGAGAGGGAGAAAAGCAUAGGAGAGAGGUGGCCUGCUCACCUGGCUUGAGUGGCUCUUUUGCUCCUGCGCUAUUAUUAGUGGAGGAGAGCUGAGGGCCGCGCUGCAGCAUCACACAGUUCUUUACACAUCCGUGGAAAAACGGCCACAACAGAAGUGCCGUCAACUGUCACUUAGUCAUUAAUCAUAAUACUCAAAAUAGUCUUUUUGGAAAGUAGGUGCUUUUAAAGAAGGUGAUUUUAUCCACAAGCAGGUAAACACAACAAUUUGUUACCUAUUAAAGCUGAUCAUCCUAAUGAUCUGAAUUUUAGUGGAUUUCAGAAGGGUUGUGGCAUCAAAGGGUCAUAAUAAAAUUAGGGUAUAAUUCCAGUUUAAAUGUCAAAAUUCACUCAAUAACUUCAAAAGGCCAUUAGAAGAGGAGAAAUGUUAUCUACACUUUCUAAGGCUCAUAAUAUACCACCAGAUAUGACUAACAGUACAUCUUAAUAGAUAUUUGAAAUGUGAAAAUAUGUCAUUAGGUUCAAAGAUCAAUCCCUGCCUCAAAUAUAAACCUCUGAGGCGGUGGGAUUUGUGGCAGUUGUCCACAAGUGUUACAUCUUGGAACUGUUCGUGAAUGCUUCAGCCCAGCUUCUCGGAGCCCCUCCCUUGCCACUUAUUGUGUGUGAUCUAUAGGCAGCUAGAGGUCUGUGGUACUUUAUUGGGAUCUUUUUUCUCUUCCUGUCUUUCCCCUUUGGUCUUUUUUCUAUUUCUCUCUAACACUGUUUUUGCAUUGCAUGUGUUAACUUGGUAGCAUUCAGUACUAUUUCCUCACAACACUCUGUCCUAAUCACUACUACAGUUUUUCUCCCAGACUCAUUCCUCCCACGUCUCUUACCCCUCCCAGUCCUUUAAACCUACCAUCCUCCUUCCUCCUCUUACCUGACCCAGUGCCAGAGCGAUAUGCAGUGGGCAGCCUCAGAGCCACAGAAACCACACAUACACACCAGAAAUCUAAGAAAUGCACAGAUACAGGUUUAUACAGAUCUCAGGAAGACUAUUUAUGUUUAUUAUGCUAAUAAUUAUCUUUAAUGCAUUUUCUGAUGCCCACCAGGACUUUUUAUGUAUUACUGUAUCAGCUGUUAGCCUUUGCAUUACAGCCCUACAGUCUUUGGCACAGCUGUUUCUCUCUGUUAAUUGUUAAACUUUUCUCACCUGUCGGGUGGUAAGACGACCACAAGGAAAAGGUCAAAUCCAGCCUUUUUAACAUCCUGACCUGCGUUUUUUUUUUUACAACAUCACAGGCUUUGCAUUUAGCACCAGAUUUAACCAUGUGAGCAGAACAAAUGAUGGUCAAGGUCAUUGCUGAGACCCUACAAGUGAUUUCAGUUUUUACGUUAGCAGUGUAGUAAGACUAGACAUAAAACAAAACAACUACUAGAAAACUUAACAAACCAACAAACAGUCUGAGCAACCUCACUUAACUACACUUUGCUAAAAUUCCAGUCCUUGAAAUGGGGCUUCAGAAUUUUGAGGUAAGUAUGUAUUUUUAAAUUAUUAUUUUUAAAAUUUCACUAAUUAAUCUCUGCUUUUGUGUGAUUUUCCCCAUCACUUACUUAAUCAAAUCUUUAAAUCCUUCACAUUGAUCUGACACCUCUACACUUGCAUCCAUUUAGUCGGAAAAAGGGCCAUAUGUUUUCGCCAUUUGCUUCUUGGUACACCUAGACUGUUUUAAUUUAGUCACACAUGCAACAAACACAAGGGAGCUGCUAAAAUUUCUGAGAAGCAGUAGACAGCGAAGCUGUCCACCACCAGCAGCUCACAUUUUGCAAGAUAGAACCUUAAUGUGUCUGUCUCAGUGUUUUUUUUCAAACAUACAAUAUUUCUGAUCUGUUGUCUGAGGAAAAUGGCAAAAUAUGUGUUUUUGUUUAGUUUAUGUAGAGAUGCUCGGGGGGAUAAGUUUGCCUGUUCCAUGUUAUAUCCUCUCUAGUAAUCUGAGCUAGAGCAAUUUUACAUUCCCAGACAGGGACUCACAAACACAUACACAUGCUCUGUCCCAUAAAAAUGGCUGUAUAGACUGAAACAGUAAAACUAAAUACUCUGAGGUCUCUAGGUGGGGUCCCCUGCAUAUCACUGCCCUUACCCGUAUCUUUUGCCAUGCACUGUGCCAGUGACAGCACAUUGCACACUUUUAAAAACACCCCCUCCUGUAGAUCUCUUUUGUUUGGAUAACAUUUUCUAUUUUUUCUUUCUCCUGUAUUAACAGUCAGUUGGUGGAUUUAUUGAAAUGCCUACCUUUUCUGUUUGUAAACAGUAUUAUGUUUAUUUAAAAGCAAAGAGAGAUUUGUAUUUUUAAGAACUAGAGAAGCUAGCAGAAUUGCAGUUGAAAGCGUUUGGCCGGUUUCUUACGUUGUGUCACGUGUGACUGUUUUUUUGACAGCCCAGUAUUUUAAAGCCAGGACAACAUCGGGCACCGGCUGCUUCAGAAACAUGGCUGGAAGUUGGGACAAGGCCUUGGCAAAACCAUGCAGGCGAUUUGAUCCUGCCCAUGUUGUGCUGAUGGUAAACUUAGUGGACGCACCGACCCUGUGCCCAUUAUCCUUAAAUAUGAUGUCAUGGGGAUGGGACGCAUGGAAAUGGAGCUGGACUAUGCAGAGGAUGCCACAGAAAAGAGGAGAGUGCUUGAAGUGGAAAAGGAGGACACAGAAGAACUGCGGCAAAAAUACAAGGACCAGAUGGAAAAGGAGAAAGCCAUUGCCAAGGCUCUGGAAGACCUGAGAGCAAAUUUCUACUGUGAACUUUGUGACAAACAGUACACUAAGCAUCAGGAGUUUGACAACCACAUUAACUCUUACGACCAUGCUCACAAGCAGAGGCUUAAAGAGCUGAAACAGAGAGAGUUUGCUCGUAAUGUGUCGUCCCGUUCACGGAAAGAUGGAAAGAAGCAAGAAAAGAUGCUGCGCCGAUUGCAUGAACUGGCUGAGCAAAGGAAACAGCAAGACCGCACUCCAGGAAGUGGACCCAUGUUCAAAACAACCACAGUGGCUGUGGAUGGAGAGAAAGCAGAGGAUGGUGACAACAUAAUGCCUGAGAGCCUUGGUUUGACAGAUGGUACCCUGGAAGGAUCACUACCAGAAAAAGCUGGCCAAUCAUCUCCAAAGCCUGGCCCAACUAUCAGCUUCUCUCUGGGGAAGAACACCUCCUCAUCUCCAACCCCAAGUAGUGCAUCUAAAGUCAGUGUAUCCUUCUCAUUCGCCAAGAAAGCUCCGGUGAAGCUAGAGACAGCAGCUGCCGUGUUUGCUGAUCACGGUGAGGAAGCUAUGGAGGAAGAGGAGGGCCAGGAAGGAGAAAAGGCUGGAGGACAAGAGGAGACAUCUGGCUGCAGCACAGAUAGCCCUAAGGAAGCAUCUGGAGGAGGUGAAGUAGCUGAAGGGUGUGGUGUGGCAGGGACAGAAGAGGUGCAGCAGCCUGAUGAUGGAGGCUCCUUAGCUUCUACGCUCAACAAACUCAAGAUGAUGAUGAAAAAGGAGGAAGGAUAUGCUGGACAGGAGCCUCAGUACUACCACUAUGUUCCUCCUGCUCACUGUCGGGUGAAGCCUCACUUCCAGUUUUUGCUGUUCAUGAAAGCCACUGAACAGUGUCAGAGCAAAGAAGAUGAUGACGAGGAAGAGGUUCAGGAAGAGAAACAGGCUGAAGAAAGUUCUGAACAGACGGAGACAAAUGAUGCAGAUUGUAAAACUGAAAAAGAACAAGAUGAUGUCGCUUCAAAUGCUGAUCCAGAGCCAACUCCUCCAUCACCUAAAGUGAAGACAGAGGAGGAAGCAUCUGCAUGUGCAACAGACAUAACUUCCACUGUACCCGUUUCACCUACUCAGAAUGCAGAAUCCACACAAGAUACUGUGGAAUCAAACACCGGUCCAAAAAUCCCCUCUGGUCCCUUCUUUCCAGUCCUGAGUAAAGAUGAGAGUACUACCCUGCAAUGGCCCUCUGAACUCCUUGAAUUUACGAAAGCUCAGCCCUCCCUGUCUUACAGCUGUAAUCCCCUCUACUUUGACUUCAAGCUGUCCCGUAACAAAGGAGUCCGUGGUGGGAAAUUGGCUAAGUCACCUAAGCCUGGUGAAGAGUUUGAUGACAAGGGAAAAGAGGUAGCAGCUUCACCAGCUGAAGUAGAUAUGGCUACUAAACCUGGAACCAGCACUGACAAAGACAAGCCGAUAAUGAAGGGAGAGCCUGGCCAGUCGGAAGGUGAUGAGCAAAAGCCCACAACUGGCAGCAGUAGUGCAAAGAAAAAAAAGAAAAAGAAGAAGCAUAAGAAGUCUGCAAAGCACUCAAAACGCAAAGGAAAAGAAAAAGGAGCAGCAGAAGAUGCAGAAGGAGAAACUGAGGAAAUACAAGAAAAGCCCAAAAAGAAGAAAAAACAUAAACGGAAGAAGAGCAAAAACAAGGCUCCUGGCCAAGACGAGGCAACGGGUGAUGAAAAGGAAAAAGCUAAACCAAAGUCAGAAGAUAAAGCUGUUGCCUCUUCUGUUCAGCUGACAACUGGAGGGGGAGGAGCGGCAGGAAAUGCAGGAGCAGAACUGGGGAAGAGGAAACGUGCUACUAAGGAAGUGCCUUGCAAGUCUGGAGCAGAGGACGGAGGAACCGGAAAAAGUACUGACAAGGCCAACUCCUCAGAGGAGCACAGUGGCACCAAGAGACAAAAGACUGACUCCAGUGCCUCUCAAAGUGCCUCCUGCUCCACCUCAGCCCAAAAGAGUCCUGGACCUGGUAGACCUCCCAGCAGUGAGAGUGAAGAAGAAGGGGGCUCUAAUACGCAGCGCUCACGUCAUCACAGGUCAAGCCCGCGGGAACAGCGGCGCCAUCAUAGUGAAGAAUCAGGUCGGUCCUGCAGCCGCUCAUCAAGGCGGGGGGACAGACGGGGCAGCAGCCGUCGGCGCCAUCGUGGCCAAACCUCCCGUAGUCGCUCUUAUUCCAGCAGCUCUGAGCGCUCCUCAGCCGGAAGCAGUGCCUACAGCCACCGUAGCCGCAGCUACUCCGACAGCUACAGUGACUACAGCACAGAAGCUCGCAGACGAAGGCACUCCAAACGUUCGUCAGACUCUGAAUAUGAGCGGAGGGGCAGCCGAGGACGAAGACGAUCCAGGAGACAUCAGUACUCCUCUUCUUCCUCAGAAGAUUCUCGCUCACGUUCACGUAGCUACAGCCGCAGGAAAAGGCACCGGCGGCAUCAUCGGAGCAGCUCAAGAAGCUCCAGCAGUUGGAGUCGCAGCACCAGUGCAAGAUCGUGGAGACGAAGCUACAGUCGUAGCCACAGUUCUGCGAGUCGGUCAUCCAGUUCAAACAAAGGUUCCCCUCACAGACGAGGUGCCAGGGGCAGAGGGGACAGUGACACACAUCGCAGAGACUUCAACCGCUCUCGCAUCUACCGCUCCCAGUCUCCACGUUCAUCUUCAUCGCGAGGCCUUAACCGCAACACCCAUUCAUCCAGCUCUCUGGCCUUGAGGCCAGGGGGGUCUCGAGAUGCAGGGGAACAGAAAAACACCCUCACUGCACGCCAGCUGCUGGAGAAGGUUCAGUCUAAAAAAAGCUCUGAUGAUUCUGCCACAGGAACAAAAUCUGGAAUUAAGAUUAAGGAUCCACCACAGGGAUAUUUUGGUCCCAAACUACCGCCAGCCCUGGGAAACAAAGCCAUGCUGCCACUUUUUGGUAAACUGCAGGUAGGGAAGAAACCAGUAAUUCCCCUAACCAGACCUGACGAAGGAGAGAAAUCGGGGGUAGGGAAGAGCUCUGAAGCUGAUAGAGAGGUUAUCCUGGUAGAACCCAUAAGGGAGUUCCCUCCACCACCACCACCUCCAGCUCCACCAAUCCAGAAGGUUGAGGAGGCCCCACAGAGCACAGUGAUUCAAGAAGAGACGCAGCUCCCCACUACAGAAGAGCAGGUGCACCAAGAACCUCGACCAUUGUUUGAACAGGAGCCCUCCAUGAUGAUGCCCCAGUACCAAGGAGAAUCGGGUCAGGAUCCUUCCCAGAACCCCAUGAUGGAGUCACUCAUGCCUGAAAUGCAGCAGCAGCAGCCGCCAAUCCAUGCUUACCCUGGUUACCCACCACCCAAUCUGGAGGAGGAUGGCAUGGAGGCAGAGGAGGAUGGACUGGCUCCUUUGGAAAGUCAGCCUAUUACAUUCACACCAGAGGAGAUGGAGAAAUACAGUAAGCUGCAACAGGCUGCACAACAGCACAUUCAGCAGCAGCUAUUGGCCAAGCAAGUCAAGACAUUUCCAUCAGCUGCUGCGGCUGCAGCCGCUGCUGCAGCAGCUGCCAACUUAGCCCCAGCACCUCCUCCACCAGCCCUGCAGCAGAUCCACAUUCAACAGCCAACUGUGUCGGUAGCUUCUGGCACAUCAAUCACCACAGUGCAACAUGCCAUUCUGCAGCACCAUGCAGCCACAGCUGCGGCAAUGGGCAUCCACCCAGCGCAUCCCCACCACCCCCAUCCUGCACAUGCCCAGCUGGCCCAGGUACAUCACAUUCCCCAGCACCACCUUACCCCCAUUUCACUGUCUCCAUUGGGCCCCUCUCUCGGUCAUUCUCUGGGACACUCUCUUGGACACGCUGGGCUGAUUCCUGCCCACCCGACAGCCUUCCUCUCUGGUCAGCCUAUACAUAUUAUCCCUGCUUCUGCACUUCACCACACCCCAUUAGCUCUACACCAUGUCCCACAUACAGCCCUCUACCCCACACUUUUCACGCCCCGGCCCUCCCAAGCUGCAGCAGCAGCAGCUCUCCAGCUCCACCCACUUCUACACCCAAUCUUCUCAGGGCAGGACCUCCAGCACCCACCAAACCAUGGCUCCUGAGUAAUGAUGGAAGUGAGCUAGUAUAUUCCCAGCACCCAGCCACUGGAAGAAAGACUCAACCUGAACAGCCUUGGUUUAAGGUUUUAGAUGAAGUCUUUGCAACAACAUGCAGGCAGAGAGACAGGAAUCUUGUCAAUUAAACCACCAUUUUACUGGCCUACACAGUGCAACAAGUUGUAGCCACAAAGUGGUACAGCCUGUGUCGGGUACAAAAUUGACAUUAACAUUUUUUUCUGGUUUAUGUGGGAUUGUUUUUUUUUUUUUUUUUUACGUUUUCCCUGAAUUUUUAAAACAGGGUGUAGAGUUAAAGAGACUUCCUCUAGACAUUGGCUUCUACUCCAACUUGGGGUGGAUUAACAGCCUGAGAAGUCUGAGAAACCACUGGAGUUUAUUCGUUUUCCACAUAAAAAUGUUAUUGUCACAGUUUUUGCUCAUGUUGGCAGCCAAAGAGACACAUAAUGGCUAAUUAAUAUAAGCAGAAUCACAAUAGGAGAGGAGGAAGAAUUCAUAUUGUUCUAGAGAUCUGCUUCACCUAUGUAAUCUAACUUUCAGAGAUGGACUGUUUCAUAAUUACUGAUACUGUUUAUGUUCUCAUAUGACUACUUGCUCUCUAUUGGACUCAACAUAAUUUGUAAUGCAGUAACUUGUACAUAUAUCAGUGUGUAAUGUGAAGAAUCCCACUAGUGAUGAACAUAUGAAAUUACAACUACAGCGUCCGAUCCCUUAUACUCUGAGGCAAAGCUCAUGUUCCCUGUGGUGAGGGUACGUCUGAAUGAAUUGCACUGAAAUCUGUACAUCAAGAUGAUGCUUUUGCAUCAUGUAACAAUAAGAUUGUAGUAUACUGCAAUAAUUGUAUUUUUCUGUUUUAAAUUAUUUUCCAAAUGCUCUUCAGAAGAAGGGUUGUGUUUGGCUUUUGUGUAAUUUUGUAAAUAAAACUGCUGUAGAUUAACCUAUUAACACUCACAAGGGUUGAGACCGCGAUUGGAAAAAGCAGAAUGACGGAUGAGUGGGAUGGAAGAUGGACAUUUGCGUAUUUUAUCAAGUUUAUUUCUAAAUCAUCCCAGCAAAGACGGGCUGGGAUGGCAUACGAUAGUGAUCUGUCAAAAAGUAGCAACUCUGUAUUUUUUAAAAACUUAACUCUUGUUUCAGCUAAUAAAAAAUUGAGUUCA